AUGGCGCAAGAUGGCUCGCCCCAGGAUGCUGCAGGUAGCGACUUGCAACUUUCCAGCAGCGGUCCCUUCGGCCUAGAAGGCUCCUGGGGCUCGGAGGACCUGGCGCAGCUGGGGCAGCGCUUCACCCGCCCAGACCGCAAAGCGCCGGAAGGCAGAUCCAUGUCAAGCUUCCUGGAUGACGCGGCGGUGGGCCAGGCCUUGGCCGCCCACGCGGCUGGGGCGCCGGAGGCGGAGGCCGAAGCGGCACUGACGGUUGCCCGUGCGCUGGCUGCCCAAGCAGCAGCCGCGGUUGGAGGAGAGAGGAGCUGGAAACCACCUGAGCCCGUGUCAUCCAGCCUAGAGGAAGAGGCCUGGACGGUGGCGCGCGCAGCCUCCCGCGCCUUCGAUGAGACUCCGACGAGACCCUCGGGCAGGAGCAAUGAGGCUGCCAGCCCCGUGGCAGACUUGGCAUCGGAUGCAGAUGCCGCGGGAGCGGCACUGGCGUCGGCGGCUUUCGACUCAAGAUCACCAGCAGCUGCAAGCGAAGCUGCCGCAGUGGGAGCAGCGCUGGCGUCAGACGCGUUUCGUGGAGGCUCCACACCAUCCGCCCCAGCGGCUCCAGCUGACCAAGCACCCCCUGCCGCUGCCCCAACACCGUCUGCUGCUGCGGCUGCCAGCGAAGCCGAUGCCGCCAUGGGAGCAGCACUGGUGUCAGAAGCGUUUCGUGGAGGCUCCACACCAUCCGCCCCAGCGGCUCCAGCUGAAGAAGCACCCCCUGCCGCUGCCCCAACGCCGUCUGCUGCUGCGGCUGCCAGCGAAGCCGAUGCCGCUGUGGGAGCAGCGCUGGCGUCAGAAGCGUUUCGUGGAGGAUCCACACCAUCCGCCCCAGCGGCUCCAGCAGAAGAAGCACCCCCUGCCGCUGCCCCAACGCCGUCUGCUCCAGCAAAAGAGAAACCUGCUGCGACGGCUCCAGCUGCGGCUGCCCCAACAACACCUGCGCCGGCAGCCCCAAUGACACCUUCCCCAGCAGCAGCUGCCCGAACAGCAGCUGCCCCAGUGGCCCCAAUGACACCUUCCCCCGUUCCAAAGGCUGCCCCAGCACCAGCUGCCCCGGCUGCAGCUGCCCCAACGGCCCCGAUCACACCUUCCCCAGUGGCAGCUGCCGCAACAGCAGCUGCCCCAACAGCGGCGCCUGUCACUGAAGUGCCCACAACUCCAGCCCUGCCUGCGAAGGCCCGGCCUGGUACGCCAUGUGGAGGGCCCAUGCAUAGCCAGGCGGCCAAAGGUGAAGCUGAGACGCCGGAAGGUGGCCAGCCUGCAACUGGAGCUCAAGGCGCGGGUGGUGCGGGGCAGCUGCCGCCGCCUUCUCCUUCGCCGACUCCGGGCACGCGAGGUGUCCGAGUGGAGGUUGAUGUGCCUGAAAGAGCUCCACAAGGCGCUGGCCCGGCGUCGACCUCGCGGAGCGCGCUAGGCGAAGCGCGAAGGCCCAGCCGCAGCCGAGGAGCUAGCCCUUCGGCAGCUCAGGCACUGCCCCGCGCAGAUCGACCGAGGGUUCAGCCUUGGGAGAACCAGCCACUGCUGCCGCCUCCGAAGGAAGGCGCGCUUCUGCCCCUUGCGCCAGCCCAGCCAGCGGCGGCUGCCCUGCCGGCGGCGGCGGCCCAGCCGCCAGCAGCACCAGCCGCAGACGGCCCGGCGCCGGCUGCCAAACAGCUGGCGGUUUCUUCAGGCGCUUCACAAGCGCCAGGCGAGCCAAGCACGCAGACGACGCAGACAGAGAGGCGCCAUCAGCCGGCGGAGUCCCGAGCGCGGGAGCCGCGGGAGCCGCGGUCCGUGUCCCCGCGCCAGGAGCGCGCCUCCGAGGCGCAGCCGCUGUACGACUUGCUCAAAGAGAUGCGGGAGAUGUGGUCUGCUCCUGGGUAUCCGCCUCAGCUGGUCCGCAACCCUUGGCAGUGCCCCGCAGUGCCACCGCCGGCACCGACGCCCAUGGCGCCCGCUGCGGCGCUGCGGCGCCGGCACCCGCGCCCGCGCCCGCGCCUGCGCCGCCGCCAGGUCUAG